AUGUCCUCGCCUCACACCGCAUAUAACCAACGUCCCAAAGAGCCCCGACGCCAAUCAAAAAUCACCGUCGAGUACCACAGGCCGUCCAGGGAAUCAAUCCAAGAAUACAACGCUCUCCUCGCAGACGCAAAUUUGCACGCGGCAGAAGCUGCAAAGUACAUCCCCAGCAGGGCUCCUCCACCGCCCCCGACAAAUUCACAGCGGGCCAAGACUCCCACAGACCAACAACGCACUCGCUCUUCCCUCCUUCACAAGCAAAAUCCCCGCGCUAGAAACCAUUCCCUGUCCUCACAACCCCACCACGACCCGUUUGCCGCCAACGUAAACUCUCAAGAGUCGUCCUUUGUCCCUCCGCCGUCUCCAAUGGCCACACACAUAUAUAACAAGCCACCCAACGGCACAUCGCCGCCCCCUCGCCCAUCAAGAGCAAACACCGCAAAUCUCACCGACAUCUUCCCGACCCAGUCCCAGCUCGCAGCUCGUCGUUUGUCCACUCCCUCCGCCGCUCCCCAGGUCCACGAGGAUGGCCGCUUUUACGCAGAUCCAAACGAGGCAAUGCCCCACAAUCAGAACAUGAACGAUUACCCACUACCGCCUCCCCCGCCCCCAAGUGCUCCCCUGCCAGCGAGAGUACGCAGCGGCACCAAAUCCAAGAAGGGGGUCCUCGGUUUCAUGUCUGAAGUUUUCAAUCCAACGAAACGUCCGGAAAUCAGCACGCCUUACGAUCCCGUCCAUCUCACCCACGUCGGGUUCAACUCAUCGACAGGAGAAUUCACUGGCUUGCCCAAAGAAUGGCAGCAAUUGUUGCAGGAGAGCGGCAUCUCACGCCACGAGCAGGAGAAGAAUCCUCAGGCAGUCAUGGAGAUCGUCAAGUUCUAUCAGGAAGGCCACGGCGAUGUGUGGGACAAGCUGGGUAACGUUGGAGCACCAACACCUGAACCCUAUGCUCUAGCCCCAGAGAACUUUACCAACCCUCGAUCCCCGCCUCCCCCGCCGAAGAAGCAGCCUUCGCAGGCUUCCUCGGUUCAUACCCAACAUACCCAAUCAACCCCGACCUCAGUGGGACCAACAUCUUAUCGCCCAGCACCAACGCCUCCAACUGCAGCAACCCCUGCGCUUGAUCGUUCCACCUCUCAACGGACGCCAGCGAAACCGGCACGUCCGGCUGAUAUUGGUCGCUCGAAUACCACCCGCGAUCGUCGAUCUCCUGCUCCCCCAGCUAAUAACGGUCUCGCGGCUGGAUCCAAAUCCUAUUCGAAGCCAUCACCUGGUUCAUCCCAGACAGACCUUCCUCUCAAGCAGUCCGCCCCUGGUCCCCCAGCUCAUCCUCCCAGAGAUCGCGCGGAUCCCCGGGCCCAGAACCAUGCUCCCAGCCCUGCCGCUUCCAACCUUGCCAAGGUCGCCGGCGUUGCUACUCCGCGCAGAAGAGAGAAGAAGGUCGACAAGGCGAAGGAUGAAGAUAUCAUCAAGCGGCUGCAGCAAAUCUGUACUGAUGCUGAUCCUACAAAACUCUACAGAAAUCUCGUCAAGAUUGGUCAAGGUGCUUCUGGAGGUGUAUACACUGCCUAUCAAGUGGGCACCAAUAUGUCCGUGGCUAUCAAACAGAUGGACUUGGACAAGCAGCCCAAGAAGGACCUUAUUAUCAACGAAAUUCUCGUCAUGCGUUCCUCCCGUCAUCCCAACAUCGUCAACUACAUCGACUCAUUCCUGUACAAGAAUGAUCUCUGGGUCGUGAUGGAGUACAUGGAGGGCGGUUCCCUGACGGACGUCGUUACCGCCAACCUAAUGACGGAAGGCCAAAUCGCCGCCGUCUCGCGCGAGACUUGUCAAGGUCUUGAGCACCUCCAUCGACACGGUGUCAUCCACCGUGAUAUCAAGAGCGACAACGUCUUGCUGAGCAUGGUCGGUGAUAUUAAAUUGACUGAUUUCGGUUUCUGUGCACAAAUUUCCGAGGGUCAUGCCAAGCGAACAACGAUGGUUGGUACGCCAUAUUGGAUGGCACCCGAAGUGGUUACGCGCAAAGAGUACGGACCGAAGGUGGACAUUUGGAGUUUGGGUAUCAUGGCUAUUGAGAUGAUCGAAGGUGAACCGCCAUAUCUCAACCAGAACCCGCUCAAGGCCCUCUACUUGAUUGCCACCAACGGCACGCCGACAAUUGCCAACCCUGAAAAUCUAUCGCCCGUCUUCACGGACUACUUGGCCAAGACCCUCGAGGUUGAUGCUGAGAAACGGCCCUCGGCGACGGAACUGCUUCAGCAUCCGUUCUUUAAACUGUCGGAACCUCUUCGAACGCUUGCUCCUCUAAUCAAGGCUGCAAGGGAAAUCGCGAAGAACAAGUAAAGGACAAUUUUCUCUGUGGACAGCACCUUCCAUUUUUCUCUCUUUCUUCUUCUCUUUUUUCUCUUCUCUCAUUAAAUCUGUGUUUGUUCGCGAUCGAUGAUAUAUCCCCCUCCUCUCCAAUUCCCGGUCCGAGUCUCAUAGUCCGCAUCUAAUACCUGGUUGUGAAAACCAUUUCUUUUGGUAUCUUCUUAUGCAUUGAUGGUUCUCGGUCAACUAUAUCUCCCUUUCUUCACCCUUCCUAUUACCUCCCACUUCAAUCUCCUUCGUCGACCAAGAUCGUCUGUUUCACCUUACAUAUAUGCCCUUCGUCCUUUCUUUCGGUC